UCAUAAAGCUGUGCAAAGAUGCCCACGGCUGGAAAAGGACUUCUACAUGUUGACAUAAACCAACUGUACACCAAGAAGAGUUUCUUCCACGAGCUAAAAGAUGAUGGAAACACAACACAUUCCAGCCAUGAUGCAUCUAAAAUGUUUUUGAACUGAAUAAAACCUUCUGUGCAAUAUUAUGCUCCAGGCAAGAAUCAAUGCUGCGUCCAAGUGCCAGUGUUUUUGCAAAUCUCUUUCGCUACCCCACAUGGUCUAAGACAUGAGCAGAGUAUUAUUAUAUUUUCGCACUACUAGCCCUCUAGCAGUGCCUCACUGAAAGCUUUGCUUGGCAGAAGGCUGCAGGAAAUUCCUGAGCCGAGUGGUGAAAUCCAGCCUCUGAACACAGCAGAGAGAAAUGUUAAGAAGUCAGCUUGAUCCAGCCGCAGGAUUAGAUCAACACAUACAUGCUGGACAUUAGGCCCGGUAGGAAUUCAUGUGGAAACUUCUCUGUCUGAGAUAAAUACACAGUUCCUUUAAAGGCUGUCUUUUGUUCUUCACAGCUGCCAUUUCAUAUCAAGAAAAAAAUACUUACAGCAAAGUGUAAAAAAAAAAACCUGAGAAAGUGCUAGUUGCUUUACGGUUGAAUUAGGGGAAGACAAUGCUGUGCCCACUCUUUAGUAUCAUUUUAACUACCUCCUCCCUGUCUGAAGGACCCCCUUCCAGUGAUAGUGAUGUGAUUUCACAGACUGUUUGGGGAGCCAAGUCAAAUUUAUCUGACCCCUUUUGUCUUGAGCUCCUAGCUGAAUUGUACCUAGUCUGCCAUUAAUGCUGCUCUUUACAUGUUUAAGCGCCUCAUAUGGUGCUUCAUACCUUUCUCCAAAGUGUCUCAUGGAUACCAUAUGUAAAUAAGGCCUUGAGGGCAUCAUAUAUCUGGUGUUAUGGAGCAGGGCAAUAAAAAUGUGGUGUGUAUCAUUCUUGAGCAGGUCUGUGGUACACACUCACUUUUAGGGCACUUUGAAUGUCUGUAUAUGGUGAGUAAAGCCUAUUAUCAAGCACCAGACAUCUCUAUUGAUUUCAUAUCAGAAUAACUACAUCGACCAUGUCUGCAGUAUUGUUAUCUAAAACAAAAAAUAUAUUUUACUUUGGAUCCAACUUUUUGUUCACACACACACUGUACAACAUUCAUUGCCAUCUUUAAUGGAAGUUUUAACACAGUCCUAGUUAACUCCUGGUUGUACAGCUUAACACAACAUGUUUUGGUUAAUGUGUAGGGGGUUCAUCGGGGUUGGGGGAGUUAAAUGUGGGUGUGGGAAGGUGAAGUGGGGGCUGCAGGAAGGAGGUGUGAGAGGUGGGGGUAAGAGUGAGUCCCUUCAGCAAUUGGCUGUGGCUCUAAGUGUCUCAUUAUGCGGCUUUAUUGUUCCUUUGUUGUGCCGGCUGUAUAAAUAACACCCCAAUGUGCCCAGAGGGUGACAGUUUAGACAGACUCACUCCUCUGGGCAGACUGAUCAUCAGACUGAGCAGCACAAACUCUGAGAGUAGUCAGACUGCAGUGACACUACAGGGAACUGGAAUCAUCUGUCGAAUUUAAACUCAAGCUUCUACCAUUUAGGCUCGUGUUUUUUUUAAACACUUUUUCAUAGAGUUGUUCCCCACUUUCCACUGCUCCAUCAUCCAAGAUGGAUUCCGACUCUGGCUCCGUCUGCAGCCGCUCCUCAUCCCCAGACCUGGUGGUGGAUGACUCAGCUGGAAGCUUCUUUUCCAACAAGAUGUUCCAGACAUACUGCAGAGAAAACAGAGAAGACAACGAGGCAGGCCAGGGCAGGACGGAGCGCUGCAGUGGGGGCGGUAAGACCAAGACCAGGUCUGAGCCCAACAAGGACGAGGUGCAAGAUCUGAGACUGAAAGUCAACAGCCGGGAGAGGAAAAGGAUGCAUGAUCUGAACCAGGCGAUGGACGGCCUUCGAGAGGUCAUGCCCUACGCUCAUGGACCUUCAGUCCGCAAGCUCUCCAAAAUCUCCACAUUGCUGUUAGCUCGUAACUACAUCCUCAUGUUGUCCAGCUCUUUGGAGGAGAUGAAGAAGUUGGUAGGGGAUGUUUAUGGAGGCAGUGCUGCCGUCCAGAGCCGCACUGCUUCCCACCCAGCUAUUACUCCUGCAGCCCCUGCAGCCCACCUCUCUCUGCAUCCUCUAACCCACUCUCUGCACUCUCUGGUGGGCAGCACGCCUUCAGCUGCUCUCCAGCAUCACACAACUUCUACAGCUGCAGCCCCGCACUCCCCUCCAUCCGCCAGCUUCCUGGGCUUUCAUGCUCCAGUCCAGGGCCUCCUGAAGGAUCCGCUCCACCUGACCAGCUCCUACAGGCACUUCCCUGGCAUGCCCUGCCCCUGCUCACUCUGCCAGCCUUUGCCCACCACGACCUCCACAUUACACAGCCUGUCUAUGACCAAGUGAGCAGGACUCUCUUAAAACUGACCUCUACUGGAUCACCGUGAUGAACCAAGAAGAUUGUUAAAUGAACUGCUCCUAUGAUGGCUGGUGCCACACCUUGUACAUACUGUAUAUAUAUUCUGCCAUGCAAACUGCUGCUAUUUUUUAUCAUUCGUCUCAUCUGCAUCGUUUAUACAGAAAUAUUCUAAAUGCACUAGGGAUUUUUUAUCAGAGUAGCAAAUACUGUAAUUUAUCUGAUAUCUGUGGUGAUGGAACAUUGUGAGAGAUGGAACUGGUGUGUCCUAUUGUGCAGGAUUUCUAUUUUCCUAAAUUAAAACUUUGUUAUAAUAAUACCUCUUGUUUGCCUUCUUCUUUUCAUGAAUGUCAUACUUCAGUCAAUACUACACUUUUAUUUUUCCCUGACUGCAGUUUUCUAUUUGUGGUAGUUUUGUCUGAACAAGUCAUAUUUUUUGAAAAACGAACAAUGUCUGCCAGGUACUAUUUUACUUUUUUUUUUUUUUUUUUUUUUUUACAAGGCAGCUACAACAUUUCUUGAUGGGCUUUAGACACAUACUUACAAAUACAUAGCAGUUCUGCCAAGUAAUCCGGCAACAUCUUCUUUAACUAAACAGAAGGGGUUUUAUUGGUCCUUGGAAGAGGGCGAGAGAGCAGUGCAAAAAAAAUGGAUAUUUAGGAGAGGGUGUCAUUGGUUGCUAACCAGCUUAGGACAGACUAACCUCUAAAGAGCUAAAGAGGAACAGAAGGACGAGACAAUACGCCAGCACAGAGGCUGAAUGUUGAGCCAGGGGACCAUCCAUCUUCACCUCAACAGGGUGUAGGAGAUGAAAGGACGACACAGGCGCCAGGAAGGCGCGUCACUUUUGUCUGACGCAGGCGAGGGACAUAGCCAUGUCCUUAGCUCUAGGCCAACGAUUUGUCUCUGUCUCAUAGGAACAUGGAUAAAGGCACACAAAGGGCAAAAUUAACGAGGAGGUCAUAAUGUGAAAGUUUCUGUGGAAGCUACAGAAUUUUCUUCUAAAAUCUAAGGAUAUGUGGUGAAUAUUAACAUGUAUUAUCAACACAUAUUUGCAAUCAAAUAUUGUUGCAGUUGUAUUAAAAAAAAAUCAAAUAAUAGCUGAGUCAUAACAGUGAUUAAUCUGCCGAAUCACAAACAUAACUAUUAUACACCCUGAUUGCCAUGAACAUGAUUUAGUCAAACAAUCCAACAAUGGCUGGCCUUCACUUAGCAACAAAUCAAGCGUGUAAAAUACAUGCUUAUCCUCCCACGGCUGACAGAUGAGUCGGAGAUCAGGGGAGAAAUGAAGAGAUGUAACUCAUUCUCACCCACCUCCCUCCUACCCCACCUCCUCCUCCUGAGAGCCCUGAAUAGGUUUGAACAAUAGCCAUGCGUGGGACACAAAGGCAGAGGGAGUCCAAGCUCUCGUGCCUGGGACACAGACCCCCUCCAUUCAAUCUACAUUUCAUCAUGGUAACAAGCGCUGUCGGGCCAAAAGGCCUGACACCCUCUCUCGCCACAAAGGCUGUUAGCUCUAAUAUAUGAGGCUAUUGACACUGAAAAGAGCCCCUGUCAGUACUAGGGGAUUGUCAGCUGUGGGAUGUCUCAGUGGGGGGAGGCAGCUGCCAGCCAAACCAAGCGGUGCAGCUUCUGUCGUGGGGACCGGCGCUGCAGCGUCACCUGGUCCCUGGUCCCUUGACACCCUUGAGACCCUGGGUCCUCCCACAAGGCCCCCCUUUAUUUGGGCACAGGUGGGAAUGGGAAGCAGAACACAUUGUGGAGAUUAGUGGGGAUCGGCCUCCCUUUGCUGUAGGUAGAUGAUUAGAGACACUGACUUGUGCAAAGCUGGUGUUUCCUGAUCGGCACCAGAUGGUGUUAACCCACGGUGUGGCAUCAGCAGUCUGGAGUGUGAGUGUGGGUGUGGGUGUGAUGUGUAAUGGAUAUGCUUCUUAAAUCAUACAAUAUGGGCAGGUCCUCUGUGUGCCAUUAUGGUCAGCCGCUGCUGUCAUCGUGGUGCUCUUUAGCAUACGCUAACCAGCAGUGGCAGCACUGGUUUUAGUAUAAUGUUGCGCACAAGCAACU